UUUGCUUGCACCCACAACUGUGUAUCUAAAGAUUCUCUUUCAAGAUAGCUGGCUGAGUUCGGUCGAGUGGAAUGAGGUACUGCCUCCCCAAUUAUGUACACGGUGGCAACAGUUCGUAUCGCAAAUACAUUUAUUGGAAACCUGUCGAGUACCUCGAUACAUAUCAGCACCGCUUUAAACAAUGGAACUGCACGGAUUUGCAGACGCAUCAUCCCAGGCAUAUGCUGCCGUCGUCUACAGUCGCGUCGAAGUCAACAAUGGAUAUGCCGUUAGUUUGAUAAUGACAAAAACUCGCGUGGCGCCUAUUAAGCCUGUCUUCAUUCCGCGGCUGGAGCUAAACGCAGCCCAUUUGCUCUCUAAGUUGAUUUCCCUGGUCAAGCAAUCAUUAACUGUUCCUAUUUCCAGAAUCAAUUGUUGGUCAGACUCUGAAAUAGUACUGCAUUGUCUAUCAUCUCCUCCCCGGACCUGGAACUCUUAUGUUUGCAUUCGCACUGCAGAAAUCUUAGAGACGUGCCCACGUAGCUGCUGCCAUCAUAUUCGAAGUGGCGAUAACCCUGCACACUGCGCAUCCCGAGGAAUACUUCCAAAGGACCUCUUAGAUCAUCCAAUCUGGUGGAAAGGACCAGCUUGGCUAUCUCAGUCACGCUCAACUUGGCCACCCGUGAAGGCUAAGUUUGUUCUGUCGACAGAAGAAGAGGCAUACCUGGAGGUAAAGACCAAUCCUAAGGUUAAUCUACACAUUUCCGACGACGGAAAUUUACUAACUUGUAUGAUUAACAAAACAUCCUGAUGGUCUCGUUUGUUGAGGAUAUUCAGCUACUGCUUUCGUUUCGUUCAUCGUCUUCGUGGGAGGAAUCAACUUUGGCCGUUCCUGUCGGCGUGGGAGCUAAAAUAUGCCCGGUCUAGGAAUUCACCCAUGUUCAAAAGGAAUCCUUCAAAGUGGAAUACAAGCAGUUAAGCACCGGACAGCCACUAAAAAAGAACUCGAAGCUGCUCCGUUACACCCCUUUCUUAGACGAGCAGAGUGUAAUACGUGUUGGUGGCCGCAUCGAUAGUUCUAUGGCUAAUUAUGACGCAAAACAUCCCAUAAUCCUGCCUAAGGAAUCCCCAAUCGCUGCUUUAUUAGUUCAACAUCAACAUGCUAUAUCGCUACAUACUGGUGUC